AUGGCCCUCGACACCGCCGACGCGCCGCGCUCGCGCCCCGACGCCAGCGCCGCCGUGCACCCGCUCCUCUCCGACGACGACGGCUCCACCUCCACGGCCGCGGCGGGUGAGACAGCGGAGGAGCUGGACGCCAGGUACGCCCCCUACGCGCGCCGGGACGCGUACGGGACCAUGGGCCGCGGCCCGCUGCCCGCGGCGCAGGCGGCGCGGCUGGCGCUGGCCGCCGCGGUGCUCCUCCCGCUCCGCUUCGUCGCGGGGAUGCUCGUGCUCCUGCUCUACUACUUGGUGUGCCGCGCGUGCACGCUGUUCGUGGAUGCGGAUGAGGGGCGCCCGAGGCUGGCGGGGUGGAGGAGGAAGGCGGUGCUGCGGUCCGGGUGCGCGCUCUCGCGGGCGAUGCUCUUCGUCUUCGGGUUCUACUGGAUCCGCGAGACCCACAGGAGAUUCCCCAAUGCUGAGGAUGUAAAUCAGGACCAAUCUGAAGAAUCCCAAAGGCCAGGGGCAAUUGUAUCUAAUCAUGUGUCUUAUGUGGAUAUUCUUUAUCACAUGUCAGCAUCCUUUCCAAGUUUUGUUGCUAAGGAGUCAGUGUCCAGGUUGCCACUUGUUGGUCUCAUAAGCAAUUGUCUUGGAUGCAUUUUUGUUCAACGAGAAUCGAAGUCUUCAGAUGCUAAAGGUGUCUCAGGUGCUGUAACUGAAAGGGUCCGAGAGGUUUGUCAAGAUAAGAAUACCCCAAUGAUGUUGUUGUUCCCUGAGGGAACUACUACAAAUGGGGAUUACCUUCUUCCAUUUAAGACCGGAGCCUUUCUUGCAAGUGCACCAGUGCAGCCAGUCAUUUUGAAAUACCCUUACAAGAGAUUUAGUCCAGCAUGGGAUUCCAUGGAUGGAGCACGCCAUGUGUUUUUGCUGCUCUGUCAAUUUGUAAAUCACAUGGAGGUGGUUCGGUUGCCUGUAUACUAUCCUUCUCAACAAGAAAAGGAAGAUCCUAAGCUCUACGCAAAUAACGUCAGAAAACUGAUAGCAAUGGAGGGCAAUUUAAUUCUUUCUAAUCUUGGGCUGGCGGAGAAGCGCGUGUACCAUGCAGCACUGAAUGGUACUAGUAAUCUACCUGGUGCUAGUAGACAUCAGAAAGAUGAUUAA